ACAAUGCAAGAUGAAAGACACGAGAUGAAAGACAGAAAUAUUAAAAAGGUUGAAAUGAAAAAAGUGAAAUUUAAUUAUUGUGGAAGAAUAAAAGAGCAGGUCAGGUCACAGCUGAACAAAGCUUCUUUCUAAAACGCAAUAUAUCUUUCUUUUAUUAAAUUGUUAAGUCAAACAGACGACAGAUAAUUGCAAUAAGAGGGUAAUUGGACAGAUAGGAAGUGCUAUUGUGGUAAAGGUAUGAGUGAAAAUGAAGCAAGCGAUUAUUUCAAUGUGCGUCGGGGUUUUUGUUGGGAUGUUUUUAAUGGUCAUGUACAACCGUGCUAAUGAACCGUCCCAAUGGGUUCUGCCUAACAGUCGUAAAGUUACCAUAGAAAAACCUGUAGCCUUUAACGUGGAUGCAAACGACACGCAUCACCAUCGUAGCUCGAAUUACGAUGCUGCUCAACAGGAGUACAAAGAUACCAAAGUUCUCUGUUGGGUUAUGACCAACCCUAAGAAUCAUAAAACCAAAUGCAAGCCAAUCAAGGAGACCUGGGGUAAACGGUGUAAUAUAUUGUUGUUUAUGAGCUCGGAAACUGAUGAUAGUUUACCUGCAGUUGGACUCAAAGUUCCAGAAGGCAGAGAACAUUUAUGGUUAAAAACGAAAGCAGCAUGGAAGUAUAUCAAACAGCAUUAUCUCUACCGUGCAGACUGGUUUCUGAAAGCAGAUGAUGAUACAUUUACCAUUGUGGAGAAUUUACGGCAUUUCGUUUCACAUUAUGAUUCAGAGAAGCCAUAUUACUUUGGUCGGAAGUUCAAGCCAUUCGGAAGCUACAACAGCGGGGGUGCCGGGUACAUCUUUAGCCGGGAAACGGUCCGCCGGUUUGCAGAUGUUAUCGAAGAUAAAGCCCGCUGCCCGGAGGCUAGUUUUGCAGAAGAUGUGGAGGUUGGGAGAUGUUUAGCAAGAGUAGGUGUUGAAGCUGGUCAUACCCUGGACGAAAGAGGGCGAGAAAUGUUUCAUCCAUUACCUCCUGAGCAUCAUCUCUUACCUGGCUACCUAAACAAAGAUUUUUGGCUCUGGAGUUAUAACUUUCAUCCAUAUAAAGAUGGCCCAGAAUGCUGUUCGGAUUAUUCAAUAACAUUUCAUUAUAUCAAUCCUAACAUGAUGUAUCAGCUUGAGUAUUUUAUUUAUCAUCUUAGAGCUUUUGGUAGUGAAAAAAAUUAAGGGAUUGAUGCUUUAGCUUGACUGGGGAUGAAUAAAACAAGGUAGAACAUUCAAUCACCAGUUAAAGGAACCAGAAAUAAAGAAUUCAUCUGUCAUACUGAGAUAUAGUGCUCAGCAAAUUCAGUGCUUACUUACAACAAGGUGUAAAUUUAGCUGAGAGAUAAUUACUCGAGAUAUUAUUAUACUACAGUUGCUUUAGUUUGUAAACGCAGAGUAACAGC